AUGGAAGGCCGUCUAGGAUAUUGUGCUUAUGAAGCAUUGUUCAAAUCGCUUACAAUGCAGAUUUUGAUCAUAGGAUUUGACGUAGGAGUCAACUCUGCAGGAGCACAACUAUACACGUCGGCACUCGCUUGCCCACCAGCUGCUAUAUCUGCGACCUUUCUCCUUUUUGAAAAACUCAAUGAUGCCCUUUUAAACGAGUAA